GACUCGGGGGAGGAGGGUGGCAGCCCAGCAGAGUGGAGGUGAGGUCUGCUGGAAAUCCCCAGCCCCGGCGGCCGCCGGAGGUUUAAAGACGCCUUCCCGGCCUUAUUUGGUCGCAGGAAGUGGGCGGCGCCGGGCCUGCUGGCCGAGAGACCGAGCCGAGACAGUUGUGCUGAUGAAGUGGUAGAGCUGGUUCCUGCUCGCCGCCGUGCCGCGCGCGCCGGCCGGCCGCUGGGCGCUUCGUGCUCCCAGCCCCGAGUUGUGCAAUCCUUUGUAGCACGCCAGAGAGUCCUCCUCCUUCGCUGUUGCCUCUCGCCCUCUCUCUCUCUCUCUCCCUCUCUCUCUCUUUUUUUCAAGCUGUGAGCUCAACCGAUGAGUCAGAGCAGUGCAAUCCUGACACUGCAUCGCAGGACUGGGGGUGACACGGAGGGAGAGCGAUCGCUAGGCGGACACCAGCAGCAGCGGCGGCGGCGGCGGCGGCGGCAGCGGCAGCGGCAGCGGCAGCAGCAGCGCGGGGUGCGCCGAGCGAGCUCCCUGCGCCGCGAGCGGGGGGUGACAGCCCGCGCGUCCCGCCCGGGCCCUGCCAACAAAACUUCCCAGCCUCGGGAGGCGCGGGCUUGGCGGAAACCCCGCGAGCGCCGCGGGGAGGCGACGGCGCCUGUUUGUUUUUAAAAAAUCCGGGAGUGCGUGCAGGCGGCUGGAGUCUGGGAGGCGGUGGAAGGCGGCGGCGGCCUGCGGCGGAAGGGGGGACCGCCGAUGCCGGGGCUCCGACAGAAGCCUGGCGGCAGGGCCCGCGGCAGGAGCACCAUGAAGCGGGAAGUCUAGGCGAGUCCAGGACGAAGGAAGAACCAGCCAUUCUUGCUCCUGGGCCCGACCCAUCCACCAGCACUUCCUUCUGCCUCUGCUCUGCCCCCGUUGGCUGCUGGGCGAGGGCCAAGGCUUCCGGUGGGACCUGCGUGCAUGCGGGGGAUGGGCCAUUGGUGACCUUUGUCUCCACGCCCGCCCGAGCCCCACUGGCCACACCAUGAACCUCCAGGCCCAGCCCAAGGCUCCGAGCAGGCGAAAACGUUGCCUUUUCGGGGACCAGGAAGCGGCCACCAAGGAGCAGCCCCCGCCGCUGCCCGCCCCCCAGCCCCCCCACGCCCCCCCACAGUCCUCCCGAGUGAAGGAGGAGCCUUACUUUGGGCACGAAGGGCCCCCGGGGGCCGCUCCCGCCUCCCAGCCCGUGGAGCUGCCUUCGGCGAACAGCCUGACGUUGCUGAACUCGGUGUUCGGGCCUGAGCGCAACACGGCGGCGAUGCUGUCGCAGCAGGUGGCCUCCGUCAAGUGGCCCAAUUCCAUGAUGGGCCCGGAGCGCGCAGGGGGCGCGGGGGUCAGCGACAGCGGCUGGCAGCAGCAGCCAGGCCAGCCUCCCCCGCAUCCGGCCUGGGGCCGCCACAGCCUGCCCCUCUACGGCGCCCCCAAGGGGAGCCCGCACCCCGGCCUGGGGGUGUCCUCGUAUUACGGACACCCGGAGACCCUGAAGCUGGAGAAAGGGGGUGCACCGCAGCUGGACCGCUACGGCAACGCCGGGCGGCCCAUGAUGGCCCAGAAGCUGCCGCUGGACGUGGGGCAGCCCCAGGCGCCUCUCAACUCCUUCCACGUGGCCAAGAAGCCCCCGAACCAGACGCUGCCGCUGCAGCCCUUCCAGCUGGCCUUUGGCCACCAGGUGAACCGGCAGGUCUUCCGGCAGGGCCCGCCGCCCCCCAACGCCGUGGCCGCCUUCGCGCCCCAGAAGCAGCCGCAGCCCCCGCAGGCGGCGACGCUGCCCCAGAUGCAGCUGUUCGAGAACUUCUACCCGCUGCAGCAGGCGCCCUCGCAGCAGCCCCAGGACUACGGGCUGCAGCCCCACCUCGCCCACCACGGCAUGCCCGCCUACCCGUUCGCCCCCAACCCUGACAUGAACCCCGAGCUGCGCAAGGCCCUGGUGCAGGAGGCAGCCCCGCAGCCGGCGCUCCCUCAGGGCCAGAUCCCCUUCCCUCGCCGCUCCCGCCGCCUCUCCAAGGAGGGGGUCCUGCCCCCCACUGCCCUGGAAGGGGCCGGCACCCAGCCCGGGCACGAGGCCGCCAGCAACCUGUUUCUCCAUCACUGGCCCCCGCAGCAGCCCCCGCCUGGCCCGCUGGGGCCGCCCCACCCGGAGGCUCUGGGGUACCCCGUAGAGCUGAGGGAGUCCCAGCUGCUGGCCGACGGGGAGAGACUGGCCCCCAACGGUCGGGAGCGGGAGGCUCCGGCCCUGGGCGGUGAAGAGAGCAUGCGGGCGUCGGGCACGGGGGACUGCGGGCAGGUGCUACGGGGUGGGGUAAUCCAGAGCACUCGACGGAGGCGCCGGGCGUCCCAGGAGGCCAAUUUACUGACGCUGGCCCAGAAGGCAGUGGAGCUGGCCUCGCUGCAGAACUCCAAGGAUGCCAAUGGCUCUGAGGAAAAGCGGAAGAGUGUGCUGGCCUCCACCACCGGGUGUGGGGUGGAGUUUUCUGAGCCUUCCUUGGCGGCCAAGCGAGCCCGAGAGGACAGUGGGAUGGUGCCCCUCAUCAUCCCAGUGUCCGUGCCGGUGCGGACUGCGGACCCUACUGAGCUGGCCCAGACUGGCGGUGCAGCGGAGGACGGGAAAGGGCCUGAACAGAACCCCACGGAACAUAAGCCCUCGGUCAUUGUCACCCGCCGGCGGUCCACGCGCAUCCCUGGGGCUGACGGCCCUGCUCAGGCUGAAGACAUGAGUGCCAAGCUGGAAGGGGAAACUUCGGUGCGGAAGCCCAAGCGGCCGCGGCCCGAGCCCCUGAUCAUCCCCACCAAGGCGGGCACUUUCAUCGCCCCUCCCGUCUACUCCAACAUCACCCCCUACCAGAGCCACCUGCGUUCUCCUGUCCGCCUGGCCGACCACUCCUCCGAGCGGAGCUUCGAGCUGCCCCCCUACACACCGCCCCCCAUCCUCAGCCCCGUGCGGGAAGGCUCUGGCCUCUACUUCAAUGCCAUCAUAUCAACCAACAGCAUCCCCGCCCCUCCUCCUAUAACGCCAAAGAGUGCCCACCGCACCCUGCUGCGCUCCAAUAGUGCUGAAGUUACCCCACCUAUCCUCUCUGUGAUGGGGGAGGCCACCCCAGUGAGCAUUGAGCCGCGGAUCAACGUGGGCUCCCGCUUCCAAGCAGAAAUCCCUUGUGUGAGGGACCGGGCACUGGCAGCCGCUGACCCCCACAGGGCAGACUUGGUGUGGCAGCCGUGGGACGACCUGGAGAACAGCCGGGAGAAGCAGAGGCAAGUUGAAGAUUUGCUGACGGCUGCCUGCUCCAGCAUUUUCCCUGGAGCGGGCACUAACCAGGAGCUGGCCCUCCACUGUCUGCAUGAGUCUCGGGGGAACAUCCUGGAAACACUGAACAAGCUGCUACUGAAGAGGCCCCUGCGGCCCCACAACCAUCCACUGGCAACUUAUCACUACACAGGCUCUGACCAGUGGAAGAUGGCGGAGAAGAAGCUUUUCAACAAGGGCAUCGCCAUCUACAAGAAGGAUUUCUUCCUGGUGCAGAAGCUGAUCCAGACCAAGACCGUGGCCCAGUGCGUUGAGUUCUACUACACCUACAAAAAACAGGUGAAAAUUGGCCGCAAUGGGACUCUGACCUUUGGGGAUGUGGAUACAAGUGAGGAGAAGUCGGCGCAGGAAGAGGUUGAAGUGGAUAUUAAGACUUCCCAGAAGUUCCCAAGGGUGCCUCCUCCCAGAAGAGAGUUCCCAGGUGAAGAGAGGCUGGAGCCCAAGAGGGAAGUAAAGGAGACCAGGAAGGAGGGGGAGGAGGAGGUGCCAGAGAACCAGGAAAAGGGGGAACAGGAAGAGGGGCGAGAGCGAAGCCGGCGGGCAGCGGCUGUCAAGGCCACACAGACACUACAGGCCAAUGAGUCGGCCAGUGACAUCCUCAUUCUCCGAAGCCAUGAGCCCAAUGCCCCUGGGUCUGCAGAUCUUCAGGCUUCCGAGAAGCCAAAGGAGGGGCCAGGGAAGUCACGAAGGGCACUACCUUUCUCAGAGAAGAAGAAGAAAGCAGAGGCAUUUAACAAGAUCCAGAAUCAAGAGAACACGUUCCCUUGUAAAAAAUGUGGCAGGGUAUUCUACAAGGUAAAGAGCCGCAGCGCACACAUGAAGAGCCACGCAGAGCAGGAGAAGAAGGCGGCCGCGCUCCGGCAGCAGGAGAAAGAGACCGCGGCUGCCGCUGCUGCGGCUGCAGCCACCACAGCCACCGCAGCCAGUGCCUCCCCGCUGCAGCCGGCCCUGCGGGAGGAGAGCGGCGCGGGCGAGAGGGGCUGAUGGCCCGGGACAUCGCCUCUCCCUGGGCCCUGCAGAGGGCAUCUGGAGAGAGCACGUGGACUUUUCUCUGAGAAACAAAUAAGACGAUAAAAUAAACAGCUCUUUUAUUUAUAAAGGCCCGGGAGCGGUGAUCAAGGCCCGCAGGAUCCAGUUCUCUUUGCAUUCGGUCUGUCCGAAGUCGUCCUCAUGCUUUCUUGGAACCGUUGAGCGUCCCCUGCUCACUGCGCCUGCCCCUCAGGAGGGCCUCCAGCCGCCACUGCCGCCGCCUCUCUUGCUCGGACCUCUGCGAGCCGUUUCCCUUCUCUGCUCCACCUUUCCCGGGUCACCGCGGCAAGCCAAGCACAAGCGCACCUCGUUCCAGCGUUAGCCAACCCCCCCAAAGCCCCCAUCCCUGGAAACUGCACAGGCUGCAAGGGGCCCUGCCGCAGCUUAGAGAGAAACGCCCCUGAGUUCCGUGGGGCAGGCCCGCUCUGAGAGGGGGUUAGCCUGUCCACUGCACAAGCAUGUCCAGGCUCAGCUGCUCCGGAGACCCCUCCUCGG